GAGGGGGCAGGGCCGCGCCGCUGCCACCCGAGCCGAGCUGGGCGAACAAAGCGUCCGUCAGUCCGUGCGUCCUUGCGUCUGUCCAGGGAGCUGGAGCCGCGGCCAAGCCAGGCGUGCUCUGGAGCUCCGGCCGGGGCAUGGCUGCGCUCCUCCGGCCGGCCCCAGCCCCAGUCGUGGCCCGGGUCCCACCGCCAGUCCCAGCUCCGAUCCUAGUCCCAGUCCGGAUCCCAGCUUCGGCCGCGGCCCCUGCGCGAUCGGGACUUUCCCUUCUGCGGCUCUAGCCGGAGCCGCCUGCCAGGUUCCGGGCCGCCAUGAAGCUGAAUGAGCGGAGCCUGGCCUUCUACGCCACCUGCGACUCGCCGGCGGACAACACGGGCUUCCUGUACAAGAAGGGCGAGCGCCACACGGCCUACCACCGGCGCUGGUUUGUGCUCAAGGGGAACAUGCUCUUCUACUUUGAGGACCGCGACAGCCGCGAGCCGGUGGGCGUCAUCAUCCUGGAGGGCUGCACGGUGGAACUGUGCGAGGCCGCCGAGGACUUCGCCUUCGCCAUCCGCUUCGCGGGCUCCCGCUCGCGCACGUACAUCCUGGCGGCCGACAGCCAGCCGGCCAUGGAGGCCUGGGUCAAGGCCCUGUCCCGCGCCAGCUUCGACUACAUGCGGCUGGUAGUGCGCGAGCUGGAGCAGCAGCUGGAGCGGAUGCGGGCGGGGGCCAGGCCGAAGGCCGAGCCCCUGGCGCCCCCCCGGCGGGAGCGCUCGCUGCCCUCGGGCGGCCUCAGGGAGAACGGCUGCGCCGUCUGGAGUCAGGAGGCGCCCGGCUUGCCCAACGGCUCCCUCCCCAGGACAAGCCACGAGGGCGGCUCCCGGCCCCCCCCGCUCCCGCCCCGCCGGAAGCCCUCCCUGGGCAGCAGCCCCGCCCCCCUGCUGGUCCCCGAGACUCCCUUCACCCCAGGGGCCGCCACUUUCUCUCGGCUCCACGACUGGUACGGCCAGGAGAUUCUGGCCCUGAGGCGGGAGUGGCUGCAGAGCCGGGGCCAGCUGUGACCCUGCUGCCGGAAAACUGGGGGGCCGGGGCUGGGAAACUCCGGGUCAUCGGCCCCCGUGGCCCACAAGGGGAGGAAAAGCUCUGCCGGAAAGCCCCUAGUUUGAGACGCCCCCGGGAGCCCGUCUGUGAGAGCCUCGGCUCGAGGUCGCCCGGAUGGAAACAUCGCUUCUUCCCCUCUGACUCACCGGGGUCCCUGAUCACUUGUCUAAGGCUGGGCAGCGAGAGUCUGAGGCCGGGCAGGAGCCUGCAGGACCAGCCUGUGGGGGCCACUGGACACUCCACCUAGGAGGCUGCAGGACCGGCCUGUGGGGGCCAUUGGACACUCCACCUAGGAGGCUGCAGGACCGGCCUGUGGGGCUGCCCAGCCCAGCUUCUGCCCAGGAGGCUGCAGGACCAGCCCAGUAGGGGCCGCCCAGCCCAGCUUCUGCCUGCUCACUCCAUCUAGGACUCUGCAGGACUGGCCCUGUAGGGCCACCUAGCCUAGCUUCUGCCCAGGAGCCUGGAGGAUCAUCCCUGUGGGGGCCACCUAGCCCAGCCUUGCUCAGGAGGCUGCGGGACCAGCCUGUGGGGCUUCUCAGCCCAGCCCCUGCUUGGCCCCUCCAUCUAAAAGGCUGCAGGACCAUCCCUGUGGGGGCUGCCCAGCCCAGCCUUGCCCAGGAGCCUGCAGGACCAUCCCUGUGGGGGCUGCCCAGCCCAGCCUUGCCCAGGAGCCUGCAGGACCAUCCCUGUGGGGGCUGCCCAGCCCAGCCUUGCCCAGGAGCCUGCAGGACCAUCCCUGUGGGGGCUGCCCAGCCCAGCCCCUGCCUGGCCACUCGAUCUGGGUGAAUGAGGGUCAUGCUCUGUAUGUGAGUCUGUUGCUCCCUCCACAGCCAGGCUGGGAUCGGGCCCAGGGCCCUGUCCUGGCGGCCUCCAUUGUGUUUCCCUUCCUCCUGGCCCUCUUUAAAACCCUUCUAGAGUAGGGGAAGCAGGGAGGGCAGCUGUGGGCCGGGGACCACUCAAAUGGUACAAUGUGUGUGUCUGUGUCUGCGUGUUCCCAGUGCGUUGUUUACAAAGCAUCCUCACCACUCCCCGAGGGGCCGGGUUUCCAGUUCCCAUCCUCCGGUGCAUCAGGAAUCGGGGACGUCAUGGGUGGGCGGGUGCUCCCCUAACCCCCUGCUUCUCACUCAGGUCAUCUGAGGGGUGUCUGUGUCCCCCACAAUGGGCCACCUCCCCCCUCUCCCAUCAUCACUAGGAAAACAGUUCUGUCACUGGACUCCUCCCUCAGUCCUUUUUAUUGAUGUGAAAGUUGAGGCUCAAGGAAGAGGAGUGAUCAGAACUAGAGGAGACCUUUGACCUGUGAUGUCACCUAGUCCAAGCUCCCAUUUUCGAGCUGGGGGAGCUAAGGCCCCAUCACAAGUCUGGCAGGGCCGUAGCUAACAUUACUGCAAGACCUUAACACAUAUCCAUUAUCAUGUGAUCCUCAUGACAACCUUCAAGCUGGGAGCUAUUGUCCCACCCAUUUUACAGAGGAGUAAACUGAGUCCUGUAGCGGUGGCAGGGCUUGCUGGGGUCGUGCAGCUCCCCGACCUCUUACUCCGUGGUGACCCUGGCCCAAAGUCAUAAGAAACAGAGAUUCCCGAUCACUCUGUGCCUCAGUUUCCUCCCUUGCUGUUUUCUCUCUCUUCAGUGCUGGUUUUUUCUCCGGCCAGUGAGAGGACAGCAGGUGGCAGCCCGGGCUAGGUCAUAGCAGUAAGGGGUCCUGAGGAGGAGGAGCCCCGCUCCCUGACCCCAGAGCACAAUUCUUUCAACUCUUUAAAGAGAUUUCCGUUUCUUCAGCUCCCCCGGAGAAGCCGUAUGGGGACUAAGGUAGAGGGGGUCAAAGCUGCCUCUGGACUCCGAAAGACCUGAAUUCAAAUCCCGACACACCCACCUCAGUGCCUUCAGGUAAACCUGUAGCUCCACGUCACUGUCCUUCGGAGCCGAGGAGCUCUGUACUGACCAGCGGCGGCCCCUGACCCUAUGGUCCCCCGCCCUCCUUUGGACCCCGGCAGGGGAGAAUGCCCAGGGCAGGACCCUGACCUCACACCUCAGUCCAGCCCCACCCGGCAGCGGUCAGCUUUCUGAUGUCCCCCUCGCUGGCUGGUGGAGCCGGGCUCCCUCCUAACCCAAGGCUUGCCUCCCCGCCUCCUGCUGCCAGUCAGUCCCCAUCAUUGUGUCCGCUGCCAGCCUGGGGUUUGGACAGUUCCCGAUCUCUGGGCCCUCACCUCAGCCUUUCUCCAGCUGGACGAUGGCGGGCGGCCGGUUCCUCAUCCUUAGGAGUCACAGCCAGGGAGAUGAGCGGCCGGGGAGCCUCGGGGGCGGUGCCCCAGACUGAGACCCCGGCGACUUUCUGAGGCAGGGGGACCCCCUCAGCGAUGACAUUUCGGGUCUGAUACAAAAAUGCAAGGCUUAGGGCUGUGUCACGGAUGGACACUGACUUCCUGGGCGGGCCCCGGGGCUGCCCUUGCUUAACAAAGCCCAACAGGGGUUUUGGGAGGAGGUGAGUUUUGUCACUGGGGAGGUUGGGCCGGCCUCUGUGGGGAACACGUUGGAAGCUUCUGGGUCAGGUUCAGAGCCAGUAGCUUGGGUCCCAACCAUUCAGCUCCCACGUAAGUUGGUGAGUCCUAACUAUGGUUCCCCGGGCCGCGGAGUUCUGGGGGAGGGCUCUGGUUCUGAUUGGAUGGGCUGGAAGAGAACUCUAACCCCCUCCCUUUACAGAAAAGGAGACUGAGGCAGGCAGGGAUGAAGUGACUUUCUCACAGUCACCCAACUAAUAAGUGUUUGAGGUAGGAUUUGAACUCAGGAUUUUCUAAUCCCAAUCUAGACCUUGUGAUACCUUCAUUCAAGAGGUGCUGGGAGGGAGGAGCCCCGGACCGGGGUUGGGGGGCAAGGUCCCGUGAGAGGCUGGAUGCCGUCUCCUCCCCUGGUUUCGUGGUUCUGGCGUUGGCAGGGAGGGUCUCCUACCGGGACUGCUUCCAUUCCAGCUCGCCUGCAGAGACCUUCAGGGCCUGGCUCUCCACAUCUCACUGCUGGCCCAGUGGGAAUAGAUGAAGCUUAGAUUUUAAAAGGUUUUUUAAAACAAUUUAGGGCUUUCCCAGGUACUUUAUGCUUGGUGGGAUUUCUUCCCUCUCUGGUCCAUGUCCAGUAAUUGGCUUUGCAAAGGAAUAUUGGGGAUGGAUCUCCUUAGAGAAAUCAUUCUGGGGGGGUCAUUCGUUGGGAAGAAAGGAGUUGCUGAAAGCUCCCCAAUUCCUUUUUUCUCUUCUAGAGACCCUGGAACAGUGGGGGGAUCAGGGCACAUUGAGUUAGGGGUUCCCCUCUCACCCUGUCUCCAGCUGUCUAAAGUAACCACAAUUUUCAGGCACUUCAGAUACGAACCCCCAUUUUGCAGAUAAAUCCCUGAGGCCAGAGAAUAAAAUUGCCAUUCCCUUCUAGAUUUGUAGUCUGUAUGAAUCCCGUUAGCUUGUGGGACCUCAGUUAAAUCCGAGAAUUUUGCUUCCUCAGUUUCCUUAAUUGAAAACUAGGGGGUGGGGAUGGCGUGCUCCUAAAGCCCCAUUGUGCUCUAGACUAGACUUAGGGUUCCAGAGACAUGUCCUGAUUCCCCGGGGCUCCUGCCUUUGCUGUACAAUGAAGAGCUUCACCCCUUGGUCCCCUGGGGGAGUGGGUCUCCUCUCAGACAUUCACCUCCCUAUCAGUCAGAUUAUUUAGCCUCCCAGUCCUCCGGGGGUUAGACAACUCUCUAAAGCUAAGUUGCUCAAGAGGUGCUACCAUGUAAGGGGAGAGGAUUUCCUCGCCUGGGGGAGUUCCUGUACAGCUCCAGCCCUCAUCCCUAUCCCUAGGCUCGAGGGAAGGCUCAUGGCCGGUCUCCCAGUACAGAAGCUCUCUGCUCCCCAAGGGUGGGGGCUGGGCUGGGGCUCCCGGCCCUGCCCUCCCAGAUACUUCAAUGGGAACGCCAGCAGGGAGGAAGUACCUUCUGGGGACAGGUUGGGUCUGGAGGGGGAACCUGAGGAGGCUGGGAGUUUCCGGAGAGCUGAAAUAAAAUGACCUGUGUGAAGAAA